GGUGGGUACCGCACUUGCGCAGUACUGUAGAACAUCCACAUCAGGACCAGAGCUGUCAAAGGCGCAGGGCAAAGCCCGUGUUGAUGAUUAUGAUAAGCGAUGAGGACCGUAUGAGUGUGGUUAUUUAUCCACACGCUUGGGAGGAUUUGAAUAUUUGAGGAGGACCGCUUGGUGACAUAUGCUACAGACGCUAAAAUUGAUAUGCUGAGAAUGGGCUGCGAAUGCCGAUGUGAUCGUCGGCUGUGAGGGUUCUUGUACUUGUAUUCAAAUCAUCUCUGUCUCUCUACCCAAGGUUGAUAUCCUUUAUCAUCCGAAGGAAGGACAACAGAUUUUGGGGGCUCUUUCCGUCUGUUGUAACUAGGUUUCAUGGUUAAAUGGUCGCUUCUUCCUAGUGGGAUGCACAUCAGUGUUUUACCCUACUCGCUUUCCGUCGUAAUGGCUGCUCUAUAUCAGGGCACGGACGUGUCCUCUCCAGAUAAGUACCUAGCGUUGAAGGACGUGAGGGAGGUAAAAGAGGAGACGACGCUGGACGAGAAGCUUUUCUUACUGGCCUGUGAGAAGGGUGAUUACUAUAUGGUGAAGAAGCUUCUGGAAGAGAAGGCGCAUGGUGAGCUGAACAUCAACUGUGUGGAUGUGUUGGGCCGGGAUGCUGUCACCAUCACUAUUGAGAAUGAGAACCUGGACAUCCUCCAGCUGCUGUUGGAGCAUGGAUGUCAGGCAACAGAUGCCUUGCUGGUGGCCAUCGACUCGGAGGUGGUAGGAGCUGUGGACAUUCUCCUCAACCAUCGGCCCAGAAGGGCCUCGAAGCCUUCCAUGGCCAAACUGAUGCAGCGCAUUCAGAACCCGGAAUAUUCCACCACCAUGGACGUGGCACCAGUGAUUCUGGCUGCCCACAGGAACAACUAUGAGAUCCUGACCAUGCUGCUGAAGCAGGACAUUUCUCUGCCACGACCACACGCCGUGGGCUGCGAAUGCACGCUCUGCAACGCCAAAAACAAGAAGGACAGCCUGCGCCAUUCCAGGUUCCGUCUGGACAUCUACCGGUGCCUGUCGAGUCCGUCUCUCAUCAUGUUGACCGAGGAGGACCCCAUCCUGCGGGCCUUUGAGCUCAGCGCUGACCUGCGCGAGCUCAGCCUGGUGGAGGUGGAGUUCAGGAACGACUAUGAUGAACUGGCCAAGCAGUGCAAGAUGUUCGCCAAGGACCUGCUUGCCCAGGCCAGGAACUCUCGAGAGCUGGAGGUCAUCCUGAACCACACGUGCAGUGAGGACCACAUGGACAAGCGUGGCCUGAUGGAGGAACGCAUGAACCUCAGCCGCCUCAAACUGGCCAUCAAGUACAACCAGAAGGAGUUUGUGGCGCAGUCCAACUGCCAGCAGUUCCUCAACACAGUGUGGUUUGGCGAAAUGGCCAGCUACCGGCGCAAGCACACGUGCCUGAAGAUGGCGUCGGUGCUGAGCGUGACGCUGCUGUGGCCUCUGCUGUCAGUGUGCUACCUGUUUGGUCCGCGCUCGCGCGUCGGUCAGGUCAUCCACACGCCCUUCAUCAAGUUCAUCAUCCACAGCGCCUCCUACUUCACCUUCCUGCUGCUGCUCAACCUCUACUCGCUGGUCUACAACGAGGACACCAAGAACACCAUGGGGCCCGCGCUGGAGAUGAUCGACUACCUGCUCAUCCUGUGGAUUGUGGGCAUGGUGUGGUCGGAUGUCAAGCGCCUGUGGUACUGUGGGCUGGAGGACUUCCUGGAGGAGUCGCGCAACCAGCUGAGCUUCGUCAUGAACUCCCUGUACCUGGCCACCUUUGCACUGAAAGUGGUGGCCCACAGCAAGUUUAAGGAUAAGGUGGACACAGAGAGGAAGAACUGGGACGCCUUCCACCCCAUCCUGGUGGCCGAGGGCCUGUUUGCCGUUGCCAAUGUGCUCAGCUACCUACGCCUCUUCUUCAUGUACACCACCAGCUCCAUCCUGGGGCCGCUGCAGAUCUCUAUGGGUCAGAUGUUGCAAGAGUUUGGCAAGUUCCUGGGCCUGUUCUUGCUGGUCCUCAUCUCCUUCACCAUUGGUCUCACUCAGCUCUACGGAAAAGACCAGAAGGAGCCCGCCAAGAACCAGACAGAGGACUGUGAGGGCAUCUUCUGCUCGCAGCAGAGCAACGAUGCCUUCCACACGUUCAUGGGCACAUGCUAUGCCCUCUUCUGGUACAUCUUUUCACUAGCACACGUAUCUCUGUUUGUCACGCGGAUCAGCUACACGGAGGAGCUGCGCUCGUUUGUGGGUGCCCUCAUCGUGGGCACAUACAACAUCGUGGUGGUCAUCGUCCUCACCAAGCUUCUGGUGGCCAUGCUACACAAGAGCUUCAGACAGAUCGCGAACCAUGAGGACAAGGAGUGGAAGUUUGCUCGUGCCAAGCUGUGGCUCAGUUACUUUGAUGACAAGUGCACCCUGCCCCCACCCUUCAACAUCCUUCCCUCCCCAAAGACCCUAUGCUACUUGGUGACCAGCAUGAGCAAGUGGGUCUGCUCACAUACCUCCACUGGCAAAGUGAAACGACAGAACAGCCUCAAGGAGUGGAGAAACCUAAAGCAGAAGAGAGAUGAGAACUACCAGAAGAUCAUGUGCUGCCUGGUUCACCGAUACCUGACCUCCACCCGGCAGAAGAUGCAGAGCACCGACCAGGCAACCGUGGAGAACCUCAACGACCUGCGUCAGGACCUGUCUAAGUUCCGCAACGAGAUGAGGGACCUCCUGGGCUUUCGCACCUCCAAAUAUGCUAUGUUCUAUCCCAGAAGCUAAGUCCCAUGCAGAUGCACCUUUCUCGCUCCCAAACCUGAUACCUUGUCCCCCCACCCCACUGCGAACUUGGCCCAGCAUGCUCUGGACCAUUUGUACCUUCUUGGAAACUUAUGGUGGAGUGUGGGAAAGAGAGGGAGGGCAGUGAAAUACUGGAACUCAACUGGAAUCAUUACACACACAUACACACACAGAGUAUUCUCAACACCACAGCCCCUAGAGUCAGAGCUUAUAUAAUUGUCUUUCCUCCUACUUGUUUUCUAAAAGUGUCCGUCUUUUCAACAAAAAAAGUCGAAUAAAGGUUUCUGGAAAAAAAGGUCUCGCCGGCCCCACGUUUCUGGUCAGGUGUGCCAGUUUUGAAUGCUUAUAUGCUAUACUAAACAUUACAUCAUAAGUCCAUUUGGAAAAACACAGUGGGCUCCAAAUGGCAGGUUGAUAUUUCCCUGAGCUCUGGCACAAGGCUGUGAGUUUAACCAGCAACAGGACCAUUAAACACUAAGCACUGUUGGAUGAGAGUUACUGACCUGAAAUCAGUGCCUGCUUCAGUAUUACUCCAACCGCUGUCAUAAUGAACUAAAAUUCAUAACUGAUUUCAAGCCAGAGCUUGGACUCUGGGGUAAUUUACAAGUCCAAGACCACAGCAAAAUCUUGGAAUAUGCCAUUGACGACCGCUGUCUCCAAAAACCACUGACUGCCAGGACGUUUCUUCCAUUGCCUACUUACCGAGCACGUGGAACAGCUGCCACCACACCUGCUCUGGGAAGUAACAACUAAGUCCGAUACUGGCUAAACAGGCUGUACUUAUAUUUUUCACUUUAUAAUUUAUUAUCAUACUUUAGUUCCAAAAGGAAAUUCUUGGCAUUCACAACUUGAUAAAUGUCGCCUUGCCUCCCUUAAGAUGCAGAAAGUAGAAGGAAUAGGCAGGAACUUCGAUCAUGACUUUUAUUAUUCUCUCACAAAACAAUAAAAUAUAAGUUAACAUAUGA